AUGGACUGUGGUCUGUGGUGCGUGUUCAGCGAACGUCGAAGGCACGUCGAACGACUCUGGCGCCGGCGUCUUCUCGUCACCAGCGACGAACGCCGGGCUCGUCGCAGGUUUCUACGGUUAAUGCGCGGUUUCGACGCGGAAGACGUGGAAGUGAUCCGCAAAGCCGUUGAGUCCGGUGGUGUUGACGCAAAAGCGUGUGCCCCUGGUCCUCCAAUGGAUGAACGUCCGGAUGAUGACCAACCGGAGGAAGAUUCCGGUUUGAUUCCGCAAAUUGAUCGACCAAUGAGUAUGCCGUAUUUAUGCUGUAAAUUAUGGCGAUGGAAAGACUUGCAGGUGGAUGCCGCCCUGCAUCGUCUGGAAGCACUGCCAUGGUGUCGAUUCGGUCGGGUGACGAUCAACAAUGCGACAGUCUCAUGCUGUAAUCCAUAUCAUUAUGCGUUAUGGAUACGACCGGAGACGAGUAGUAGUGAUGAGGAUUCAUUACGGGAUAGUUGCCAACGUGAAGUGCCAAUGGGCAACGGACAUAUCGCCUAUAGUAGGAGUCAUGUGGUGACUCCUGAUAUCGAUUUGUCAUUGCAUUUACCACAAGCACUGGCCGCUGAUUUACCAACAAAUCCACCGCCAUCCGUGCCUAUCACACCACCUGAACCGGAUAGUUCACCUCCGGGAACUUCGACGUCAUCGCCGGACCCUAUCAUGAUACAUAACCAUGCUGCAGCAUGGGGUCGGAUGUCGAGAUGGGAUCGAAAAGAUCGGAUUGGUGAGCCGCUUCAACUCACCGGAGCCUUCGCUGCUGUGGGAAUUUUGUCCCAAUCAGUACACGAUGCUCAGCCAGUAUGUAGUGAAUGGGAUCUACGGAAUGAAGUAUCGUUCGCGUUGAUACGACAAUCCGAACCUAUAGGAUCCGAUGCUCCAGAGGAUGUGUGGUUAUACAAUAGUGGAACACGCCCGUUAUUCAUCUGCAUGGCUGCUUCGUUAACAAAACCGGACACUUUGCGACGGCUUUCACCUGGCUACUGUAUCCGAGUGCAUAAAGGUGAAGCUACGGCGAGUGCACCGGCUAGUGAACGAGCGGUGCAUCUGCAUAGGAGAAUGAGUCGGGAUCCUGCGCUAUCGUAUGGCAACCUGGUGAUAUCGGUCGGACGUGGAUGGGGUCCCAACUAUAGCCGGAUGUACGUGACGGACAUUCCAUGCCGAUACGAGGUGUCAUUCUCGACCUAA